AUGUUGUCAACGACGCCCGUGCGACAGAACUUCUUAAUCGUAGCUGCCUUGAUCACCUUCGUUCUACUGUAUACUUCGUUUCGAACGCCUUCUCCCGAAUCGGAUAGUCUCUCAUAUCCAGACGUUGACGAUGACUUGGACGAGACUGCGCGACAGAAGCCUCCCAAGCCUCACCAUGACACCUUUGUCAAGGAUAAGAUGCUACAACAUAUCCAGAAUGAAACAUUAGGAUUCCAAGAAAUAUACAUGAUUUCACUGCCUACACGCACCGACAAGCGGGAUACUUUCGCCAUGCAAGCAGCACUGUCGUCAAUCAAAUACACUCAAAUCGACGGCGUGGAGGGGCAAAUGGUUCCUGCUAAAGCACUGCCCCACACCAUGAAUCAGGCGGUUAAUGCCAUCGGCUGUUGGAGAGCCCAUCUGAAUGUGCUCCAAAAAAUCGUCCACGAGGACGUUGCCUCGGCCCUGAUAUUCGAAGAUGACGCUGACUGGGACGUAUCAUUGAAGAGUCAACUCGUUCAGUUUGCAAGAGGCUCCAGGUACAUAUCAAACACAACUCACGCUGAGAAGGCACAUUCACCGUAUGGUGACCAUUGGGAUAUUCUCUGGAUUGGUCACUGUGGCACUUGGUAUCACGAGGAGGACAAUCGGCGCAUGUUCGUUAUUCCAAAUGACCCGACUGUCGAGCCCCCAUCGUAUCGUCAGAAUGUCGAUGAACCGGAUAUGGAGCAUUGGCAAGGCGGUCCAUCGGGUGACAAUCAGACUCGGAUUGUCUUUAAUUCCAAAGGAGGGAUAUGUACAGCCGCGUACGCCAUUUCACAGCAAGGUGCACGGAAGGCUCUCUACCACAUGUCUAUGAUGCCUUACAACAGUCCUGUAGAUUGGGGCUAUGCUAAUAUGUGCAUGGAUAAAAGUGUCAACUACACAUGCAUAUCGGUAUUUCCUCAAAUUAUAGGAGUUUCGCGACCCACAGGCCAUACGAGCAAAAACAGCGAUAUUGGAUAUGGUGAUGAUGAUGCAAGAACAGUUGAAGAGGCCAGGUCUCAGCACAUUGUCUAUUCGACACGUCUCAACAUGGAUAGACUUCUCCGCGGAGAGACAAUCUUCGACAGCCAAUUCCCAGAGAUCACCGGCGCAGAGAUGCAUAUCGAGGAGAUUGGAGCUGCGGUUGGCCACAUUGAAGUUUUGCGUGUCGAGGAUUUGCCGAAACCCAAGUCGAAAGAGGGAGAGGAGGCGGAUGUGGAAGUGGAAUGGGAGAAGGAAGAAGAGGGAAUCGAAUGA